CCGCCUCUUAGGGUUUCUCUGGAAAAAUCUGAGAAACAUGGCGGACGAAUCUCACUACUCCAACAAGCGCAAGUACGAUGACCAGACCGCUCCUCCCCCGCCAACCCGAAGACCCACUGGCUUCUCCUCCGGCCCGAUCCCAUCUCCUUCGCCAGAUCCCUCCACCGUUCCCCCUCCGUCGUCCUACAACAGCGUCCCUCCUCCGAUGGACGAAAUCCAGAUCGCUAAGCAGAAGGCACAAGAAAUCGCUGCUCGUCUCCUCAACAGCGCCGAGGCUAAGCGUCCUCGCGUCGACAAUGGCUCCUCUUAUGAUUACGGCGACAAAGGGUUUAGCUCUUACCCUUCUGAGGGUAAGCAGAUGUCGAACACGGCUCCAACUUCGAUACCUGUUUCGUACGGUAGCUUUACUGGAUCUGUGAAGAAGAUUGAUAUUCCGAAUAUGAGAGUUGGUGUUAUCAUUGGUAAAGGUGGAGAAACGAUUAAGUCUCUUCAACUUCAAUCUGGAGCUAAGAUUCAGGUUACUAGAGAUAUGGAUGCUGACCCUAAUGCCGCUACGAGAACUGUUGACCUUACUGGCACACCAGAUCAGAUCUCAAGGGCAGAGGAGUUGAUCAAUGAAGUCCUUCAAGAAGCUGAAUCAGGUGGUACAGUUGGUUCAGGUGGAGGGUCUCGUAGGAUGGGUGGACAGCCAGGAGCUGAUCAGUUUGUUAUGAAAAUCCCUAAUAAUAAGGUUGGUCUGGUGAUCGGUAAAGGAGGUGAAACAAUCAAGUCUAUGCAAGCUCAGACUGGAGCUCGGAUUCAGGUUAUUCCUUUGCAUUUACCCCCUGGAGAUCCAACACCCGAAAGAACUUUGCAGAUUGAUGGGACCACCGAUCAGAUUGAGCAUGCUAAACAAUUAGUUAAUGAAAUCAUCAGUGGCGAGAACCGCAUGAGAAACUCAUCAAUGGGUGGAGGCUAUCCACAACAAGGAUACCAAUCCCGCCCGCCGUCAAGUUGGGCACCAUCUGGUGCUCCGCCACCACAACAACCUGGUUACGGUUACAUGCAACCGGGAGCAUAUCCGGGUCCACCUCAGUACGGUCAAUCACCUUACGGAAGUUACCCCCAACAAACUACAGCUGGCUACUCUACCUGGGAUCAAUCCUCUGUGCCACCUUCCCAGCAGGGCGCACAAGGUGAGUAUGAUUAUUACGGUCAGCAACAGCCACAGGCCCCAAACACUGGUGGAAGCUCAGUCCCACCGACAGAUACCACAGGGUACAAUUACUACCCGAAUACUUCUGGUUACGGCCAAGCUGGUCAAGGGUACCAACAAGGUGGGUACGGAGCUUAUAACGCCUCACAACAGUCGGGAUAUGGCCAAGCUGGGUAUGACCAGCAACAAGGUGGUUAUGGCAGCACCACUAAUCCGGGUCAAGAGGAAGAUACAUCUCAAGGCGCUCCACAAUCAUCGGCUCAGUCUGGACAAGGUGGUUAUGGAACAGCUGGUGAACAGCCUACACCUCAAGGUAGUACUGGUCAAGCAGGGUAUGGAGCUACUCCAACUUCUCAGGCUGGUUACAGCAGCCAGCCUCCAACAGCUUACAGUUCUGGAUAUGGAGCACCACCACCUGCUGGACAACCACCGGCUUAUGCUCAGAACCAGCAGUCUCCUGGCGCUCCUGGGAGCUAUAGUGGUCAAUCUGGGUAUGCGCAACAAGCUGGGUCGGGUUAUGGACAGCCUCCAGCAUAUGGGUAUGGUCAAGCACCUCAGGGAUAUGGGUCUUAUGGAGGUUACACUCAAGCUCCUGGUGGUGGUGGUUACUCUUCUGAUGGGUCUGCUGGAGCUGCUCCUGGUGGUGCUGGUAGUGGUACGCCGGCUUCCCAGAGUGCUCCACCAGCCGCGCCUAAAGCAUCCCCAAAGAGUUCAUAACUUCUGUGGAAAAGUUUCAGCUGCUGUUAAAAUACAGGCUUUCUUGCUCUUGACUUGUUUUCCUCAGAAUAUCUUUUAAUGUUGUGUUUGACGUUUUAGUUCUUUAACAUUUUAUUUAUAUUUGAGAAAAUGCUUUAUGUUUGAUUCAUUUUGCUUUCCUUCCUAUGUUCUUAUCUUUCGAUAUUAAGAAAUGAAACUAGCUUUUGAAAUCGCA